CCCGCCCCAAAAACGCUCGGGGACCGUAUAGUUUUUGGGCGGUAGUAAGGGAUGAUGAUGCAUAGGCCGCGUGAGGGGGCGUCCUAGCUGGAAUUGAGUUCGGAAGUCGUCGAGAUUAGGUUUGUUGACCUCUCCGGUUGGAGAAAGAUGGAAAGAGUGGUUUGAUUUUGGUUUUCACUCUUAGCCAGCUGUGUCCAAAGGAUUUUUGUUUCCCUUCCGCACAGCCGGGUCGCGAAUUUUCUGUUCUUAGGAGCGAAAGAAAAGAAAGAAACCCAAGCGGAGCGUGUGAAGACCCGAGGAGGACAAAGGGCGAGGACAGCGCCGAUACAGCGGGAGGACGCGCGGAAGAGCCGGAGGGACUCACCGGUCUGAGAAGAGGUGCUCCGGGUCUCGGCGGGCGGCCAGGAGCGCGUGCGGGCGCCUGGGCGGACGAGCGGCGACAGGCGCGGGCGUCGCCGCGGAAGGAGAAGACAGAACGGAAGCGUGCCCCCGAAAAAGGGGGAAGGGGGGUAGAAGGGGCGAACAAAAAAAAAAAGGAGAGAGAGAGUAAAAGAAGCCCCGGGACAAAUCAACAUCAUCCCCGAAAAUCUCGCGGCAUUAUCCUGCCUCUCGUGGGGCUCAAUCUCCACAGGAUUUUCCGAGGUCCGCUCUUCCCUCUAAUAACCUGGGGAGAGGGGGAGAGGUGUCUCUUAGUUUAAAGGCUUCCGUCGGCAACCCUCCCCCCUCCCCUCCACCAGGCAACCACCAGGGGGGGCAGGGGCACUAACUCUGGGAUUACACCCCUGCUGACCGCGCCAGGCAAGUUUCAAGAUUUACCAACAGCGGGAAGUGAAAGUGUUAACCCUAAAUACCUUCCAGAAGUAGGAGGAGGUUGAGGGGACACCACGUGCUCCCUCGCAGGCGGGAAUUCUUCAGUGAAAAAGCUAGUUUGCGGAGUUGGUUGGAGAGGGGGGAGGAGGUUGUGUCCCCCACUCGCGAUCCAGCUUAUUGGGCGCCGCCCCCCCCCCCCUAUCGGGCGGAGGGGCACUCCCCUCUCCGCGCGCCGGGCUGCGCCGGACUCUCCUACCAUAACUGCGUGGCGCCGGCGAGCGAGGCUUACAGUGCGCCCGCAAGCCACGGCUAACCACCUCAAAUCCCUUUUUAAGCUCCCCGAACACGCGGGGGUCCCGAAGAUACUUUCCACCUCUCUCUCUCUCUCUCUCUCUCUCUCGUUACCUUCCUCUCGCUCUCUUUCCGUCGCCGACGUCAUUGACUCCGGGGGUCGACCGUCGCCGAACUCCUUUUUUUUUUUCCUUCUUCAAUUCAUCAACAACAUCAUCAUCGUACUUGGAUAUUUUUUUUCCUUCGCGUGUGCGCGCUGUCGUCCAAAGAGGUGGGGCUUUUUGGUUCCCGGCGCGGUAGUGCGAUCGGAAUCGGGUCGAAGGUCGAAGGAGUGUUGUCGUCGUCGUUGUUGUUGUUGUUGUAAUUGCCGGAGGGACCGGGCGUGAUGAGGGCGAGCGUGGCCGGGUGAAGCAGGACAGAGACGCUCCCCAGGAAGACGCCUGAUACGCCCGCGGCGAUGAUGGAGCGCAUGGAGCAUCUGUCGGACCCGGGGCUGUGCCUGCAGGACCUGGUGUCUGGCGGCGGCGGCGGCGCCUCCUCGUCCUCCGGAGACCACGCGCCGCAGCACCACGACGUGCCCUCCGCCGCCUCCUCGUCGGCCGUGGGGCUGAUGGGGCUCAACAACCACCACCACCACCACCACCACCACCACCUGGGCGCCGUGCACGACGGCAUGGGCGUGCACCACCACGUGCCGUGCCCGCCGGCGGUGCUGCACCACGACUCGCUCGACAAGCUCAAGCGCGAGGAGGGCGCCGCCGCCGCGUACGAUCACAGUAGCCUGCUGGAGGCGGCGGACAUGGGAGCCGGCGCCGGCGACAGAGUGUGGGCGGAGACGGGUGACUUCCGCGACAACUCGCACGCGCACACCAUGACCAUGGACCACUCGCAGCUCACCUUCACGGCCAGGAGCAGGACGAGGGACAGGAAGGGAGGGCGCGGUCUGUCCGGGGACGCGACCGCGGGCGCCGUGAAGACCGAGUCUCCGGCGGAGGCGGCGGAGGCGGGAGGCGGCGGCGGCGGCGGCGGCGAGGACUCCAAGAACGACAAGAAGAACAAGCGGCAGCGGCGCCAGCGCACGCACUUCACGUCGCAGCAGCUGCAGGAGCUGGAGGCCACGUUCGCGCGCAACCGCUACCCGGACAUGAGCACGCGCGAGGAGAUCGCCAUGUGGACCAACCUGACGGAGGCGCGCGUCAGGGUGUGGUUCAAGAACCGGCGCGCCAAGUGGCGCAAGCGAGAGAGGAACGCCAUGAACGCGGCCGCCGCCGCCGCCGCAGACUUCAAGAACGGCUUCGGCACGCAGUUCAACGGCCUGAUGCAGCCGUUUACGGACACCGACUCGCUGUACUCGUCCUACUCGUCGUACAACAACUGGGCGUCCAAGGUGCCGAGCCCGCUGGGCGCCAAGAGCUUCCCCUGGUCGGUGAACCCGCUGGGCUCCGUGGUGCCAGCCAACCACCACCAGAGCCCCGUCAACUGCUUCAACGCCGCCGCCACCUCGGUGGCCGCCUCCACGUCCAUGCUGCCCGGCUCCAUGGGCGCCGUGUCGGCGGCGGGCGGCGGCGUCUCGGCGCCGGCCUGCCCCUACGCGCCGCCCGCCGCGCCCUACGGCAUGUACCACCACCGCGCCGCCGCCGAGCCGUGCUCCGCCAUGUCGUCCAGCAUCGCCAGCCUGCGGCUCAAGGCCAAGCAGCACUCGUCGGGCUUCGUGAGCACCUACUCGCCCGUCAGCCCGGCGCGCUCGGGCUCCGGCGCGCUAUCCGCCUGCCAGUAUGCGUCGGCCGCCGACCGCACGAGCGUCUGA